CUAAAGGGUCUAAAACCCUAAUCAAAAUUUCAUUCGCUCUUCCAGCGGCGAAACCAAAAAAAGGUCUCUCUUCACCAAACCCUAUCAGUUCAGCUUCCAGGCAGCCAUGUCGAGAAGAAAGGUUAGAGAACCCAAAGAAGAAACUGUUACACUAGGACCAUCAGUAAGAGAUGGAGAAUAUGUUUUUGGGGUUGCACAUAUUUUUGCAUCAUUUAAUGACACUUUCAUUCAUGUGACUGAUCUGUCUGGAAGAGAAACCCUUGUUCGUAUCACUGGUGGGAUGAAGGUCAAAGCAGAUAGGGAUGAAUCCUCUCCUUAUGCUGCCAUGCUUGCAGCACAAGAUGUUGCUGCACGAUGCAAGGAGCUUGGAGUUACUGCUUUGCAUAUUAAGCUUCGUGCAACAGGAGGAAACAAGACAAAGACACCAGGUCCAGGUGCUCAGUCUGCUCUUAGAGCACUUGCUCGUUCUGGCAUGAGAGUUGGCCGCAUUGAGGACGUUACUCCAAUUCCAACUGACAGCACUCGCAGAAAGGGUGGUAGAAGAGGAAGGAGACUGUAGUUCAUAAAUCAAUUCCUCUUGGGGCUACACUUUUCAUUUGGAAAACAUGUGUUAAGAUGUUUUAUGAGCAACAUAAUUUGUUGAACUUCUAGGUUAUGUUAUAUGAGUUUUGUGUUCAGUUUAUUAACUGGAUUGCAGUAAUUUAAAUGCUGGGUUAGUUUUAUAUGAAAUAGCUAUUUAAAUUUCUACAUGAUAAGCAACAUUUUCUUUGACGUUGUCUAAAUUAUUUACUGUUUAAAAGCAAUGCUGUUU